GGGUUUUGACCCUUUUUUACUUCCCCUUCUAUAAUCUUCUUACGAAUUCUCUUCCUCAAUUGUUAUGAGUUUUGUGAUCUCUUUGUUUAGAGGAAUUCAAUUCGAUUUCAGUGUUUUUAGGGUUUGGUGAUGAUGGUGGAGUGAUGUGUAGUGAAGGUAUUGUUGUUCAUCAUCAACAACAAGAAGCAGAAUGAACUGUGUGUAGAACAAAAGACGAUUUGCUUUGUAGAGAUGUCUCCUGUCAAAUUCUUGUUUAUGUUCUUGUUCAUAUCAAUCAUACUAUGGCUUCUGUUCAUAUUUGCUUCCAAGUUAGUUGCUUGGACUUUAAGUCGGAUUAUGAAAGCAUCGGUGGCAUUUAAAGUUAGUGGAUGGAAAUGUUUGAGGGACAUUACGAUCAAGUUUGAAAAGGGUGCGGUUGAAUCGAUUUCUGUUGGUGAAAUCAGAUUUAGUCUACGGCAAUCCUUGGUUAAACUAGGGGUUGGUUUUAUGUCUAGGGACCCAAAAUUGCAAUUGUUGAUAAGUGACAUAGAAAUUGUUACAAGAACUUCAAACAGAAAUACAAAGAAAACAGAGUCACGAAAAUCUCGCAGAUCCCGCAGUAGCCCAGGCAGAGGGAAGUGGAUGGUUGUGGCUAACAUGGCAAGAUUCUUAUCAAUUUCUGUGACAGAUUUGGUUGUAAAAACACCAAAAGCUACUGUAGAAGUUAAAGAUUUGGGCGUCGAUAUAUCAAAAGAUGGCGGUACAAAGCCUUCUCUUUUUGUGAAGCUGCAACUUUUGCCCGUUGUUGUUCAUCCGGGUGAACCACGUGUUAGUUUUGAUCAAUCAUCUAGCUUUAGCAAUGGUGAAAACUUUACUGUGGGGCAGACAUGCUUUGCAACAAUAGAGAAGGCUUCUGCUCCUUUCAUUUGUGAAGAAUUCCAUCUCUCGUGUGAGUUUGGUCAUGAUAGAGAAGCAGGUAUUGUAGUAAAAAAUGUGGACAUUUCUAUUGGAGAAAUCGCUUUGAACAUAAAUGAGGAGCUGAUUCCCAGAAAGAAGUCAUCUGACACCCAAGUUGAUGAAGUUUUACAAUCGAGCAUGGAAUACAACAUCGCCAAAAAGCAGAAAAAUAAACAAGCUGCCCUUUUGGCUGUGACCAAGUACACUUCAUUCAUCCCCGAAAAGGUUUGUCUCACUUUGCCAAAGUUGAAUGUGAGGUUUGUGCAUAAAGAACACUGUGUUGUUAUGGAGAAUAACAUUAUGGGCAUCCAACUAAAGAGCGUGAAGUCUCGGUUUGUUGAAGAUAUUGGAGAAAGCACCCGUCUUGAUCUUCAGUUGGAUUUCAGUGAGAUUCAUCUUCUUAAAGAAGCUGAAAAUUCUAUGGUGGACAUUCUGAAGCUUGCUGUUAUUUCUUCGGUUUACAUUCCAUUACAGAAUGCUUGGCCUUUUCAGCCCACAUCACCUAUUAGAUCUGAAAUUGAUAUUAAGCUCGGAGGCACCCAGUGUAACUUAAUUAUGGGAAGAUUGAAGCCAUUGAUGAAAUUGCGCUCCUCAAAUAAGAAAAAGAUGGUGCUUCAAGAUGAAAAUUCUAAUCCAGUGACAGUCAAGUCAAGUGGUUCCAAAGCCAUUAUGUGGACAUGCACAGUUUCGGCUCCAGAGAUGACUAUUGUGCUUUUUAAUUUGAGUGGAUUGCCGAUAUAUCAUGGUUGCUCACAGUCCUCGCAUGUCUUUGCCAACAACAUAUCAAGCACAGGCACUGCCAUCCACUUGGAACUUGGAGAACUGAAUUUGCAUAUGGCAGAUGAGUAUCAAGAAUGUUUGAGAGAAAGCCUUUUUGGCGUGGAAACAAAUACCGGUGCGCUAUUGCAUAUAGCAAAGAUUUGCCUGGAUUGGGGUAAAAAGGAUAAGGAGUCACUUCAAGAAGACAACUCUAAGUUCAUAUUGGUUCUGUCUGUUGACAUAACUGGCAUGAGUGUGCACUUGACAUUCAAGCGUGUUCAGUCCUUGCUAUCCACUGCUUUGUUGUUUAAGGCACUGUUGAAAAGUUCAUCCCCAUCUAUUAAGACAUCUGAACAAAAUCGGGUAGGGCGUUCUACAAAACCAUUAGGAAAAGGGAUUCAGCUAAUAAAAUUUAAUCUGGAACGCUGCUCUGUAAAUCUCUGCAGUGAUGUAGGCUUGGAAAAUGAAGUUGUUGAGGACCCCAAACGUGUCAAUUAUGGAUCACAAGGUGGUCGUGUUCUUAUUAGUGUCUUACCUGAUGGGAUUCCUCGUACUGCAAAAAUAGCAUCAACAGUUUCUGAUGAGCACAAGAUGGUGAAGUGUAUUGUAGGCCUUGAUAUUUACCAUUUCUGUUUGUGCUUGAACAAGGAGAAACAGUCCACUCAGGUGGAGCUUGAAAGAGCUAGAUCUGUAUAUCAGGAAUAUCUGGGAGACAACGAUUCUGGCACAAAGGUGACGUUGUUUGACAUGCAAAAUGCAAAGUUUGUAAGGCGUGCUGGAGGUCUUAAAGAGAUAGCUGUUUGCUCUCUUUUUAGUGCCACUGAUAUUACAGUCAGGUGGGAGCCUGAUGUUCAUUUAGCAUUGAUUGAUCUAGGGUUGCGACUAAGGCUACUGAUUGACAAUCAGAAGCUUCAGGCACAUGAGGACACACUCAUGAAGGACAUAUAUAGUAGUAGAGAUGAUGAACGUAGAAAAAAAGUUCAUGUGGGAUCAUUACAGUCAGAAAAGAAUAAAAAGAAGGAAUCUCUUCUUGCUAUUGAUGUUGAGAUGCUUACUGUAACUGCUGAAGCUGGAGAUGGUGUUGAAGCCAUGAUUCAGGUUCAGUCAAUCUUUUCUGAAAAUGCUCGUAUAGGUGUACUUCUUGAGGGACUAAUGCUAAGUUUCAAUGCCGCAAGAGUGUUUAGGAGUGGCAGGAUGCAAAUUUCCCGCAUACCAAAUGCCUCUGGUGGUGCUUCUAAUGCGAAAGUUGAGUCAGAUACUAAGUGGGACUGGGUGAUUCAAGCAUUUGAUAUACAUAUUUGCAUGCCAUAUAGGUUGCAGCUGCGUGCUCUUGAUGAUUCUGUAGAGGAAAUGUUGCGAGCUUUAAAGCUUGUUGUUGCUGCUAAAACAAAAAUAAUAUUUCCAUUUAAAGAAGAUGGUGCAAAACCAAAAAAGCCUAGUUCCUCAAAAAUUGGGUGCAUAAAGUUCUAUAUACGAAAGCUGACUGCUGACAUUGAAGAGGAACCAAUACAGGGUUGGCUUGAUGAACACUAUCACCUAAUGAAGAAUGAGGCUCGUGAACUGGCUGUUCGGUUGAGUUUGCUUGAUGCAGUUAUUGCAAAAGGUAACCAGUCUCCUGCAGUUGCUGAUACAGAUGAUUCUAUUCAUGAAGGCAUGUUCCAAGUUGGUGGAGAAGAGAUUGAUUUGCACGAUACAUCAGCCAUUGAAAAACUUAAGGAGGAAAUCUAUAAGCAGUCAUUCCGCUCUUAUUAUCGGGCAUGUCGGAGUCUUGUCACAGCAGAAGGAUCAGGUGCUUGCCAGGAUGGAUUUCAGUUUGGUUUUAAGCUUAGCACUUCGAGAACCUCUCUUUUUUCGAUAACUGCAACAGAGCUUGAUUUAAGCUUGUCAGCAAUUGAAGGUGGUGAAGCAGGGAUGAUAGAAUUUGUACAGAAGGUUGAUCCGGUUGCUCUGGAAUAUAAAAUUCCGUUCUCUCGCCUCUAUGGAAGUAACCUUAAUUUGCAAACAGGCUCUCUUGUUGUUCAGCUGAGGAACUAUACUUAUCCCCUUCUUGCUGCAACCUCUGGUAAAUGUGAGGGUAGGAUCGUGCUCGCUCAACAGGCCACACCUUUCCAACCUCAAAUUCUUCAUGAUGUCUAUAUCGGUAGAUGGAGGAAGGUGCAAAUGUAUCGUUCAGUUAGUGGCACAACUCCACCGAUGAAAACAUAUUUGGAUUUGCCAUUGCUUUUCCAGAAAGGCGAAAUAUCUUAUGGAGUGGGUUUUGAACCAGCUUUUGCUGAUUUGAGCUAUGCCUUCACGGUAGCUUUACGUAGAGCUAACUUGAGUGUCAGGAACCCAAAUGCUUCCAAUAUUAUGCCCCCAAAGAAAGAGAAAAGCUUGCCAUGGUGGGAUGAGAUGAGAAAUUACAUUCAUGGAAAGACCACAUUAUGUUUUUCUGAGAGCAUAUUUAAUAUUCAUGCUACGACAGAUCCAUAUGAUAAGUCUGAUAAACUACAAAUUUCUUCUGGAUAUAUGGAGCUCCGACACUCAGAUGGGCGUAUAUAUGUUUCAGCAAAGGACUUCAAGAUGUUUACAAGCAGUUUGGAGAAUUUGCUACGGAAUUCAACAAUUAAACCUCCAGCUGGCACAUGUGGCGCUUUUUUGGUGGCCCCAAGCUUUACUCUUGAGGUUACAAUGGACUGGGAAUGCGAGUCGGGCAACCCACUCAACCAUUUCUUGUUUGCGCUUCCUUCUGAAGGUGUCAUUCGUGAAAAGAUAUAUGAUCCUUUCAGAUCUACUUCACUAUCACUGCGGUGGAAUUUCUCUCUCAGACCCGUCCCCUCCUCUGAGAUUCUUUCACAGUCCUCCACUAACAAUUAUGCUGCAUUUGAUGAGGUUCUGGGUGACCCGUCUAAAUUGGAGAGCGAUUCAAUUAGUUCACCAACUCUGAAUGUUGGUCCUCAUGAUUUUGCUUGGCUCAUAAAAUUCUGGAACUUGAACUACAUUCCUCCUCACAAAUUGCGUUACUUCGCUAGGUGGCCUCGCUUUGGCGUCCCAAGAUUUGCUAGGUCCGGAAACCUUUCAUUAGACAAAGUCAUGACAGAAUUUAUGUUCCGCAUUGAUUCAACUCCAACCUGUUUAAGGCAUAUGUCUUUAGAUGAUAAUGAUCCAGCUAAAGGAUUGACAUUUAAGAUGACAAAGCUGAAAUUUGAGAUGUGUUACAGUCGUGGCAAGCAAAAGUAUACAUUUGAGAGCAAGCGUGAUAUUCUUGAUCUUGUCUACCAGGGUCUUGAUCUGCAUAUGCCUAAGGUAUUUCUUAAUAAAGAUGAUUGCACGAGUGUCAUUAAAGUUGUUCAAAUGACGAGGAAAAGCUCAAAGUCUUCAUCCACGGACAGAGUUGUAAAUGAAAAUGUUGGCAAUGCCAGAGGAUCCACAGAAAGGCAUCGUGAUGAUGGAUUUUUGUUGUCAUCUGAUUAUUUUACGAUUAGAAGGCAAGCGCCAAAGGCAGAUCCUGCUAGAUUGUUGGCAUGGCAGGAAGCUGGUAGAAAAAAUCUUGAGAUGACAUAUGUUAGGUCAGAAUUUGAAAAUGGAAGUGAGAGUGAUGAACAGGCAAGGUCUGAUCCAAGUGAGGAUGAUGGGUAUAAUGUGGUGAUAGCUGAUAACUGUCGUCGCAUCUUCGUCUAUGGACUGAAGCUCCUGUGGACAAUUGAAAACAGGAAUGCUGUUUGGUCAUGGGUUGGUGAGUUAUCUAAAGCUUUUGCACCUUCAAAACCUUCUCCUUCACGUCAAUAUGCCCAGAGGAAGCUGCUUGAAGGGACCAGGGUGCAAAAUAAAAAUGAAUUUCACGAAGAUGUCUCAAAGAACCCUUCUAUUGGUCAAGGUGGAAGUUCUUCUAAACAAAAGGAGGCAUCAGGAUCGGAUCUGUCUCUAACAAACCCAUCUAAAUUAGAGUGUCAAUCAUUUGGUGCUCUUGACAAGCACGUGUUUGACGACUCUGAUGAGGAGGGCACUCGUCGUUUCAUGGUAAACGUUAUCGAGCCACAAUUCAAUCUUCACUCGGACGAUGCCAAUGGUAGAUUUUUGCUUGCUGCUGUUAGUGGGCGAGUUUUAGCUCGCUCAUUUCAUGCGGUUCUCAAUGUCGGUAUCGAGAUGAUCAAACAAGCACUUGGCAGUGGAGAUGUCAACAAUCCUGAAUUGACAUGGAAUCGCAUGGAGCUCUCUGUGAUGUUGGAACACGUGCAGGCCCAUGUUGCUCCAACUGAUGUCGAUCCAGGGGCUGGACUUCAGUGGUUACCAAAGAUCCGUAGAAGCUCACCAAAAGUAAAGCGUACUGGGGCUCUACUUGAAAGAGUGUUUAUGCCAUGUGAUAUGUACUUCCGCUACACCAGGCACAAAGGCGGAACGACAGAUCUAAAGGUCAAACCUUUGAAAGAACUUGCGUUCAAUUCUCAAAAUAUAACAGCAACAAUGACAUCUCGUCAGUUUCAAGUUAUGCUUGAUGUUUUAACCAAUCUACUCUUUGCCAGGCUUCCUAAGCCACGGAGAAGUAGUCUUCCCAAAUCAGCAGAAGAUGAUGACGACAUUGAGGAAGAAGCAGAUGAGGUGGUUCCUGAUGGUGUUGAAGAGGUAGAGCUAGAAAGAGUCAACCUUGAACAGAAAGAGCGGGCACGAAACUUGCUUUUUGAUGAUAUCCGGAAGCUCUCUCUAUUUACUGAUGCCUCUGGAGAUGUGUAUUCAGAGAAGGAAGGGAAUCCUUGGAUGAUAACCUGUGGAAGAUCUACAUUGGUGCAAAGAUUGAGGAAAGAAUUGGUAAAUGCACAAAAAUCUAGAAAGGUUGCUGCUGCUUCUUUGAGGGUGGCUAUGCAGAAAGCUGCACAAUUGCGACUUAUGGAGAAAGAGAAGAAUAAAAGCCCUUCAUGUGCUAUGCGCAUAUCCUUGCAAAUCAACAAAGUGGUUUGGGGAAUGCUUGUGGAUGGGAAAUCUUUUGCGGAGGCUGAGAUAAAUGACAUGAUAUAUGAUUUUAACAGAGAUUAUAAAGAUGUUGGUCUCGCCAGGUUCACAACAAAGUACUUUGUUGUGAGAAAUUGCCUGCCUAAUGCCAAGUCUGACAUGCUUCUGUCAGCAUGGAAUCCUCCUCCUGAAUGGGGAAAAAAGGUGAUGCUUCGAGUAGAUGCAAAACAAGGAGCUCCAAAGGAUGGCAACUCACCUAUUGAAUUAUUCCAGGUGGAUAUUUACCCUUUAAAAAUACAUUUGACGGAGACGAUGUACAGAAUGAUGUGGGAGUACUUCUUCCCAGAAGAGGAGCAAGACAGUCAGCGGAGGCAGGAAGUUUGGAAGGUCUCAACUACUGCUGGUUUACGACGGGCAAAAAAAGCCUCCACAGUGAAUGAGGCUUCUGCAUCAAGCAGUCACUCAACAAAAGAAUUAGAGGGAUCUUCCAGAUCUAACAUUUCUGCUCUGCCAUUAACAUCUGGGAGCAAUCAUUCCUGCCAUGCUGAUUCUAUUCAUGCAUCAAAGGUGCAGAAUGUGAAAACCACAGCACCCGAGUUAGGACGAACUUCUUCUUUUGACCGAACGUGUGAAGAGGCAGUAGCAGAAUCUGUUACUAACGAACUUAUGCUACAACUCCACUCUUCAGGUAUUGCUCCAUCAAGGAGUGAACCAGUUGGAAGUCUAGAGCAACAGGAUGAGUCAAGUAAAACUAAAUCAAAGGACUCAAAAACUGCAAAAGCUGCACGUUCUUCUCAAGAAGAAAAGAAAUUAAGCAAACCAACUGACGAGAAAAGGUCCAGGCCAAGGGUAAUGAGGGAAUUUCAUAAUAUCAAGAUUAGUCAGGUUGAAUUACUAGUGACCUACGAAGGCUCUAGAUUUGCUGUAAGCGACCUAAGGUUGCUGAUGGAUACAUUUCACCGUGUAGACUUUACUGGAACUUGGAGGAGGCUGUUCUCAAGAGUCAAGAAACAUAUAAUUUGGGGGGUUCUCAAAUCAGUCACAGGAAUGCAGGGUAAAAAGUUCAAAGAUAAACUACAUGGUCAAGGCAAAGAAACAACCGUGUCUGGUAUCCCUACCACCGAUCUCAAUCUUAGUGACAGUGAUGGUGGCCCUACUGGUAGAGAAGAUCAGGUUCCAAUAACUUGGCCUAAACGACCUGCUGAUGGGGCGGGCGAUGGAUUCGUCACCUCAAUCAGGGGCCUAUUCCAUACUCAGCGGCGGAAGGCUAAGGCCUUUGUGCUCCGGACAAUGAGAGGUGAAGGAGAGAAUGAUCAAAUGCCUGGUGAUUGGAGCGAAAGUGAUAACGAGUAUUCUCCUUUUGCCAGACAACUAACCAUAACGAAAGCUAGGAAGCUGAUAAGACGGCACACGAAAAAGUUUCGCGCAAAGAAAGGCAUAUCUUCACAGCAGAGAGAUUCGUCACUUCCAUCGUCACCGAUAGAAACGACACCAUAUGAGAGUAACUCUUCUAGCGGAUCCGAUCCUUAUGAAGACUUCCUCGAAUACAAAGCUGCCCAAGAAAAAUCACUUCCGUUACCUUGACCAUGCUCCAAGAUAACACAGAAACGAACAUCUAUAAAUUUUUGCAACGCCUUGCCAACAGUAACGAGGCCACGAGUGAUUGGACCCCGGCUCUAUCGGUAAGGCUGAGUUUUUGUAUGAUCAAAAGCAGGUUCAAUUCAACAGUUGGUGUAGAUAUAGAAGGAUUAUGAUUUAUGAGAGUUAUAUAUAUAGCAUGAUGUAUCCGUCCUGCUUUCGUGCAACCAGAACACGAACAUCAGGCUCUGAACCGUCAAGAGUUGGAUGGUUGUCCCUGAAUCUGAUUUGUAUAUUUGAGAUGGAAAUAAAGGGGAAGCUUCCCUCGGUUAUUACUA